UCCGGCGCCGCUCGCACCUGUUGGCUGGAAUCGCGACGCUGGAAAGCGACUCGGAGGAGCGGGUACCAGCCGCCGGCGGCCGCCGCCAGAGCGACUCGCGGGGAGUAGCAAUCGAGGACGGCGGCCGCCUCCCUCGCUGUCGCGUGUGGAAGAUAAACGGCCGACACGGCCAACGUGGCGGCCAGUUAAGGGAAAGAGUUAGCGAAGACCAGGACUUGAGUCCCGGCGAGGACAGGGAAAGAAUCUGUGACGACGGCGGCCACCGCUGUAGGGGCUCUACAGGAAGGUUAGGUGAAGACGCCGGCUUCUCCCGCACUGCCUGGAGAAGGGUCAGUGGAGACCUGGGCCAUGUCUCUCGGGAGAGAGUUAGGGGAGAUGGGGGCCGCCGUCACGUCAGUUCCUGGGAGAGCGUAAGGGGAGACCGAGGCUUCAGCAGCAGCGACCCGAAUUUAAGAGCAGUGGGCAGCCGUCAAACUAGUGACUGUGAGGGACCGGUCCGAGGAGACCGCGGCCGGUGCUUCAGCGAUCCUUGGGAGGCUGUCAGAGAAGUCCGGGGCGCUCAGCCCAGCGACCCCAGGGAGAGAGGCAGUGGCUACUGCAGCCGCCGCCUCAGUGGCUCUUGGGAGGAAGGGAGCGUCGAUGGCGGCCACAGCCUCAGCAAUUCCUGGGAGGGAGUAAGCGAAGACCGCGGCUACGCGGCCAGCGACUCCUCCGGGGUGAGCGGCAGCGUAGACGCCAGCCGCGGCCUCAGGGGCUUCUGGGAUAGAGAAAGUGAAGACGAGGGUUUCCGCUGCGGGGGCUCUUGGGACAGAACCCGGGAAGACCGCGGCCCGGGUCCUAGCGACGACGAAGGCAGCGGCUGCAGCGGUUCGUGGGUGACAGCAAGUGAAGACCGCCGAAGCAGCAGGGGCCUGGACGCGACCCCUCCCCGCAGUCCGAGGGAUCGCACCAUGCCAGGGGUGUCUGAUUCAGGCCCCUCCACCUUCUCUGGGGAGACUGCAACCCCUUUAGGUGCCCGGAAGAAGGUGCAUUUUGGUAGCAUUCAUGAUGCAGUACGAGCUGGAGAUGUAAAGCAGCUUUCAGAUAUAAUAGAACGAGGAGUCAGCAUUAAUGAAGUUGACAUUCUCCAUAAGUUUAGCCCUUUACAUUGGGCAGCACAUUCUGGAAGUUUGGAGUGUCUUCACUGGCUUCUCUGGCAUGGAGCUGAUACCACACAAGUAACCAUGAGAGGUUGGACAGCAGCUCACAUAGCUGCAAUCAGAGGUCAGGAUGCCUGUAUGCAGGCACUCAUAAUCAAUGGGGCAAAUUUGGCAGCUCAAGAUGAUCGUGGAUGCACUCCUUUACACCUUGCUGCAACACAUGGACAUUCUUUCACUUUACAAAUAAUGCUCCGAAGUGGAGUGGAUCCCAGUGUGACUGAUAAGAGAGAAUGGAAACCUGUGCACUAUGCAGCUUUUCACGGGCGGCUUGGCUGUUUGCAACUUCUAGUUAAAUGGGGAUGUGGCAUAGAAGAUGUGGACUACAAUGGAAACCUUCCAGUUCACUUAGCAGCCAUGGAAGGUCACCUUCACUGCUUUAAAUUCCUACUCAGUAGAAUGAACAGUAUAACACAAGCUUUAAAAGCCUUCAAUGAUAAUGGAGAAAAUGUAUUGGAUCUGGCCCAGAGGUUCUUUAAGCAGAACAUUUUGCAGUUUAUCCAAGGGGCUGAGUAUGAACGAAGUGAUCCGAGAGAUCAGGAAACCUUAGCAUUUCCAGGUCAUGUAGCUGCCUUUAAGGGUGAUUUGGAAAUGCUUAAGAAAUUAAUAGAAGAUGGAGUAAUUAAUAUUAAUGAACGUGAUAAUAAUGGAUCAACUCUUAUGCAUAAAGCUGCUGGACAAGGCCACAUAGAGUGUUUGCAGUGGAUGAUUAAAAUGGGAGCAGACAGUAAUAUUACCAACAAAGCAGGGGAGAAACCCAGUGAUGUGGCUAAGAGGUUUGCCCAUUUAGCGGCCGUGAAGCUAUUAGAGGGGCUACAGAAGUAUGACAUUGAUGAUGAUGAAAUUGAUGAAAAUGAUAUAAAGUUUUUUUUAAGACAUGGUGUUGAGGGAAGCACUGAUGCCAAGGAUGAUUUAUGUCUCAGUGAGUCGGAUAAGACAGAUGCUAGAAAUUUUUGCUUGUGGCUGGCCUCUGGUUUCCUAAUGUUGUAAUCAGAAAAGGUGCAUGGUAUGACUUUGAUCUUCUUGAAUUUGAUAAGGCCUGUUUUGUGUCCUAAUAUAUGAUAUAUUCCUGAGAAUGUUCCAUGUACACUUGAAAAGAAUGUGUAUUCUGUUGUUUUAGGAUGUGAUGUUCCGAAGGUAUCUGUUAAGUCCAUCUGGUCCAGUGAGUCAUUCAAAGGCAUUGUUUCUUUGUUGACUUUCUGUGUAGAUGAUCUGCCCAUUGAUAUAUGUGGGGUGUUAAAGUCCCCUACCAUUAUUGUCUUAUUAUCAAUUAGUUCCUUUAUGUUUGUUAUGAGCUAUUUUAUGUAUUUGAGUGCUCCUGUGUUGGGUUACAUAAAUAUUUACAGUUGUUAUAUCUUCUUAUUGAAUUGUCUCCUUUAUUAUUAUAUAGUGUCCUUCUUUGUCUUUUGUCACAGUCUUCGUUUUAAUGCCUCGUUUUUUUGUUAUAAGUAUUGCUGCUCUGGCUUUCUUUUGACAACCAUUUGCAUGAUAAGUAUUCCUCUAUCCUCUAACUUUCAAUCUGGUGGUAUUUUUAGGUCUAAAAUGAGUGCCUUGUAGCAGCAUAUAGUUGGGUCUAAUUUUUUCAUCCCUCCUGAUACCCUGUGUCUUUUGAUUGGAGUGUUUUGUCCAUUUACAUUCAACAUAGUUAUUGAUAGAUAUGUAUUUAUUGCCAUUUUA